AUGUCGAAGAGGAAGGCUACUGAACCAGCCUUGUUGACUGCUUGCCCUUUGACCGGCUUACCUAUCAAUGAUAAGCUGCCGAAAAAGCUCAAAUCUAGUAGUCAAGUGAACAAGAAAACAAUCCUCAAUGUCAUGACAAACAGACUAGGAUGGACUCCACGACCACAAUCGGAUCAGUGGGAUGACGAUACUUGGAUGCAGGAGUAUUAUGCUCAGCUGAUGCAAAAGAAGUACGUUGACGAGCACCCGCAGCAAGUAACAACUCCUCCGCCUCCGCAGCAAUAUCCCAGGAUGGAAGAUCAAUCUAGAACUGCUCCAGCACGACCAUCUCCGACAGCAUCGUUGCCAAUUCGAAACUCUCCAUCUUCUCCCAGAGUAGCUGAACUCAGAAAUAGAAAGCGAAAUGACGCGCCUGCGCCUGCACAAGGUGUAUCCAAAUCUC